AUGGCCGGGCAUUCCAUGCAACGCCGGUGUACCGGCACUGUUCGCAACCGGCUUUGCGCUAAAAAAGGGCGAGCCCAAGACCAUCACUCCACCGACCUCCGAUCCUGGCGCGGUCGCAUUUGGGGCCGAACCCACUGCUCCCAAGACUUCACGGGCAAGUUCUCUUGCGUCACAGGUGAUUGCGGCUCCGGAAAAAUCGAGUGCUCAGGGAAUAGCGGCGCGCUGCCAGCGACCUUGGCCAAGUUCAUGCUCAACGGCGCUGGUGGGUUCGACUUUUUCGCUAUCAGCUUGGUCGACGGGUACAACCUCCCUAUGAUGGUCACGCCUCAGGGUGGGACUGGUCAAAAUUAA